AUGGGCACGGUACUGAGCUUUAGCCCCCGGGAGCGUCGACCCAUCUACUCGACGCACCAUCACAGUGCCGGCACACUGUCCUCCUCGAACUCGGCCGACUUUCCGCUCAACAACUACUCCUACGAGCAGCUGAACAAUGCGAAGAAUCGCGAAAGCGCGCAAACGAAACCGCCGAACCUGAUACAAACGGUGCCUAACAACAACAACAACAACAGCCACGGGCUGAACAUGAGCAAGGAUGACUGCAAGAACAACAACAGCAGCAGCGCGAACCUGCUCGGCUCCCAUGGCAACAACAAUGCCGGGCCGGGCAACAAUAACCAUAGCAACAACAACAACAACAACACCAGCAACAACCUGCUGCUGUUGCAGCAAACGCACCAAAACAACAUCAUCACCGGCAGUGCGAACAUUAACAACAUCAACAACAACAUCAGCGGCGGCAAUAACAACAACGGCAAUAGCAUACAGGAGCGCAACAACAACAACAACAACAACGCGGACAGUGCCCGCAUCCUGUCCGAGAAGAAUGCGCUCGAGAAGAACUUGAAGAAGCACUCCCUCUUCAUCAAUGCGCUCUCGUGGAAGCGACUGGCGGCGUCCCACGGCAAGAAGAAGCUGGACAACAACAAGAACAAAUCGGCCAACCUGGCCACGGCCACCAGCUUCCGGACGCCGCUAACCGACACGAUUCACCCGCUGCUGGACAAGAACAAGAACCUGCAGCAGUCCCAGUCGUUCACGCAAACGAUCAGCAGCCAGCAGCUGCAACAGCAGCAGCAGCAACCGGCCACGAUCGUGCUGAGCCAGUCCGGCUCGGGUGUGGGCGGCCAGCAGAGCACCGGCGGGGGUUCGCAGUCGGUGGUGGGGUUGGGUGCAUCGGGUGCCACCGUGGGGCUGGCCAACCCGCAGUCACAGCCACAGCAGCAGCAUCACCUGCACCAGCAGCACGGCCAGAUGGUGGUGGCUCAGCAGCACCAGCAACAGGCGGUCUAUUUUACACCGCGCGGUCCGAAAGCGUUGCUGGCGCUGGAUCUCGUGCGGGCCAACAACACGAACCCGCUGUCGCAACCGGACAAGCUGGCCCAGAAGCUGCCGCUGCAGCUGCCCAUGCCACUGCAGCCGAUCGUGAACCAGCAGCAUAACAUCCCGAUGGCCCAGCAGCUGCACCAUGGACACGGGCCUAGGAAAACUGUUAUUCAGGCGUCCACGUCAGAGCUGCUAAAGUGUUUAGGAAUGUUCCUGCACGACCGAUGCCGUAAGCUGCGCGACUUCCAGGCCGGCGACGCGGUGAUGUGGCUGCGGGCCGUCGACAGAAGUUUACUGCUUCAAGGAUGGCAGGAUGUUGCCUUCAUCAACCCGGCAAACGUGGUGUUCGUCUACAUGCUCGUCCGCGAGCUGGUCGAUGGGGAGGAAACGAAGGAAGCGGAGCUCCAAGCGGCCGUCCUUACCUGCCUGUACCUUUCCUACUCGUACAUGGGAAAUGAAAUAAGCUACCCGUUGAAACCGUUCCUAGUGGAGGACUCGAAGGAUAAAUUUUGGGACAGAUGUUUGCUGAUCGUGAACCGGCUAUCAUCGAACAUGCUGCGCAUCAAUGCCGAACCGGGCUUCUUCACCGAGAUCUUUACCGAGCUAAAGGCGUGCGGCAUGAACUCGAAUGCGAACGCCGGCGGCAACCUGCCGUGCGGUGCGGCUUGA